GAACUCCACAACGUUUGUCUUCUACUCCCAACCUACGUCUUCUGCAGAACUCCUAUAACCUGCUUCUAUCUUUUUGUGCCUUUCUGGCUGGUAUUUUUGUUGCUAAUAUGUCCGCUCCCGAACUUGGAAACAAAAGCGUCCCGCUACAGAUCACGGAAGAUGAAGCUGCUGUCUAUGACCGGCAGAUCCGACUUUGGGGCCUAGAAGCCCAGCAAAAGAUGAGAAAUGCCACUAUCUUGGUUUUCCGACUAAAGGGAGUAGCAACUGAAGCAAUCAAGAAUAUCGUCUUGGCUGGUAUUGGCAAGCUUGUUGUCAUUGAUAGCGAGGACGUCGCAGAGGAAGACCUCGGAGCAAACUUUUUCUUUCGCCAAGAAGACGUAGGAAAGAAGAGGGUCGAGGUGGCAAAGCCAAGGAUUGAAAGUCUCAAUCCGCUCGUCACUGUGGAGACCAUUUCUGAUCCUUCAUUGUCCGAGGGUGAAAACCUGGACUUGCUGAUCAACACCGCCGAUCUUGUUUGUGUAACGGACUGGGAUCGCGAAGGUUUGAUCAAGAUCAACGAUAUUUGCAGGCGAUUCAAUAAGCCAUUCUAUGCCGGAGGUACCUAUGGCCUCCUCGGUUACAUCUUCUGUGACCUGCUCAAGCACGACUACAUCGCACCAGAUCGCGCGGCUCCCAAGGAGGCAGCAAAGAAUGUGAAAAAUACCACUGUUUACGUCCCGCUCAAGGAUGCUUUGAGGCACAGAUGGACAGGUCUGACUCGAAAACAAACGAAAGAACUUAACCCAGCCGUAGUUUUUACUGUACUCGCUCUAUGGGACUAUCAAGCAAAGUACGGAAAAUUGCCUGAUAGUAUUGACCAUGCGUCAGAUCUUGAGGCACUCGCUCUCGCGCUUGUAGCAAGAGCUCAAGUCAACAAACAAGCGCUAUCCACCAUUCCCCGAGAUCUCGUCGAGACGAUGGUGAUUACUGCUGCGCAUGAAAUAUCACCUGUGUGCGCUGUUGUGGGUGGCAUGCUUGCUCAGGAUAUCCUCAAGGCCCUGGCUGCUAGGGAAUCACCUAUUGCGAACUUCUUUACAUUCGAUGGUAGUACAGGGGGCGGGUCUGUCGUUCGUAUGGGCUUGCAUUAGGACAUUCGGGUAUAUAAUACUGAUCAGCUUCGUCUAUUCCCUUGGCAAUACAGUACUGGUUUGGGUAGAUAAUGGUAUAAAGUCCCCCACACUCGCAACUUCGGUAUUCAUGGCUCUGACAUGAUAUGUCUGCUCCACAACAAGCACCAUUGUCCUGCAGAG